UGAAAACACGGAGCUGUCUAAUGACAACCAGCUUCAGUGAAACCAAGUUUUCAAGUUCUUCAGCUUUCCUUUUAUAACAGGAGGCUUCUUUCUAAUGAUGAACUGAAAACUAAACUGCACAAAACCAAAAAUGGGCGGAGUCAUGCUGUCUCUCCUGCUCCUGCUCCUGACUCCUGGGAGGGGCUUAGAGUUCCGUUACCAUGACACCAUCGAGGUAGAGGAGUACCUCCUCUUCAUCAACAAAACCUACCCCAACAUCACACAUCUGUACAGCAUUGGCCAGUCUGUCCAGGGUCGGGAGCUUUGGGUUCUGGCUCUGGGUAGCAGUCCAAGGCGACAUGUUCUGGGAAUCCCAGAGUUUAAAUACAUCGCUAAUAUGCACGGAAAUGAGGUUGUAGGCAGGGUGAUGCUGCUGCAGUUGAUUGAUCAUCUGGUUCAAGGUUACUACAGCAAUGAGCCGCUGUCGUCACGGUUACUGAACAGCACUCGCAUCCACAUCCUGCCAUCCAUGAACCCAGACGGUUUUGAAGCCUCAGACACAAACUGUGUUUACAGCCUGGGCAGGUUUAAUCAGAACGGAGUGGAUCUGAACAGAAACUUUCCAGAUUCUUUCUCUGGUCGCCGACGGCAACAACAGCCCAUCCAGGAAGUGAGGAGAGAGGUGGAGGUGCAGGCUGUGAUGGACUGGUUGAAAACGGAGACUUUUGUUCUUUCUGCUAAUCUGCACGGUGGAGCGCUGGUAGCUAGCUACCCCUAUGACAACAGCAAUGGAGGCAGAGAGCUGGUGGGCGGAGCCAGCGUUUCCCCCGACAAUGAUGUGUUUGUCCACCUGGCGAAGGCCUACUCCUACAACCAUGGCUCCAUGCACCGCGGAGACAGCUGCCAUAUCAGCAAACCCUUCACCGAUGGCAUCACCAAUGGUUAUCAGUGGUACCCUCUGCCAGGCGGGAUGCAGGAUUAUAACUACAUCUGGGCUCAGUGUUUGGAGCUAACGUUGGAGCUGUCCUGCUGUAAAUACCCACCUGUCAAUCAACUGCCCUCCAUCUGGCAGCAGAACAGAGCUGCCCUGCUGGCCUUCAUUAAACAGGUCCACCUGGGUGUUAAAGGUCGCGUGUUUGACUCAUCUGGGAUUCCAGUCCAGAAUGCCAUGGUCGAGGUCUCUGGUCGUAGAAAUCUUUGUCCCUUCAGAACCAACCAACAUGGAGAAUACUACAGACUGCUGUUACCUGGCAACCACACCUUCACUGUAACUUUCCCAGGUCACCAGGCAGUGACAGAGACUCUUAAUGUUCCUUACGGCCCAGACCUUUACUCCGCCUUCACACACAACUUCCUGUUACCAGCCCAGCCCACAGCAAGCCCCGUCCACACCUCCACCCCUCCCUGUAACCACACCCCUCAUUGGAUGCCCCUAGAUGGAGGAGGGCCCACAAAAAGGCCCCUAUGGGUGGGACUCAGCCUGGUGCUUGGCCUGGGUAUGUGGCUUACCUCCCUGCUUUACUAG